AUGGUCAACUCCUGUUGUGGCUCUGUCUGCUCUGACCAGGGCUGUGGUCAAGGCCUCUCCCAGGAGACCUGCUGCCAACCCAGCUGCUGUCAGACCACCUGCUGCAGGACCACCUGCUGCAGGACCACUUGCUGCAGACCCAGCUGCUCUGUGUCCAGCUGCUGCCGUCCCAGCUGCUGCCGCCCUAGCUGUGUGACCAGCUGCUGCCGUCCUAGCUGCUGUGUGUCCAGCUGCUGCAGACCCAUUUGCUGCCGUCCCAGCUGUGUGUCCACCUGCUACCGUCCCAGCUGCUGCCGCCCCAGCUGUGUGUCCACCUGCUGCCGUCCCAGCUGCUGCCGCCCUAGCUGCGUGUCCACCUGCUGCCGUCCUAGCUGCUGUGUGUCCAGCUGCUGCAGACCCAGCUGCUGCAGACCCAUUUGCUGCCGUCCCAGCUGCUGCCGCCCCAGCUGUGUGUCCACCUGCUGCCGUCCCAGCUGCUGUCGUCCAAUCUGCUGCCAGACUACCUGCUGCCGUACCACCUGCUGUCGCCCAAGCUGCUGUGGAUCUUCUUGCUGUUGA